AUGGCCGACCUUAUUCUUCCUGCUCGCGCGGUCCCAAGUCUAUACAACAAAUCUACAAAAUCUCCGGUCAAAUCAAAUACAAAAGCGAAGCGACCGCCGGUAUCUUCAGUCCCUGUUGUCGGAACGCUACAAAAAGCGAUCAAAUCGGCAAACGAUACAUGGCAGUGGUGUAAAGAUGGCUUAACUGAAGAUCAGCGCCUGAAGAUCAAGCAGUUGGAGGAGAGGAAGCGCAUGCUAUGUCUGUCCAUGCAGAAUGCCGAGUCCCACGCACAAUGGGAGAGUGCUGCGAAAGAACUCGACAGCCUCGAAGGCAACGACGAAUGGAAGCGCGACUCCUCCUCAGGCGACUAUAACCCUGAACUGAUCCAGCAACGACUCCACGAUCUCGACGAAGCGCGGACGAAAUGCGACGUACAUACAAUGAUGCACUUGAUCCGCACCGCUUUGUCGCGCGACCUUGGCGGUAUGGAUAACGUUGAUCUUUACCGACAUUCGUACUCCGGAACGAAACACCUUAUCGAACGAUAUGUUGAAUCUACAAUUAGAACUAUUGAUGCUGUUGUCACGCAAAGUCGGCUUGACCAGAGUAUUGAGAAUAGAGACCUACUUGAAGGAAUAUUAUUUGCUCGGCAGAGUUAUGGCCGAAGCGCUUUACUUUUGUCUGGUGGAGGCACCUUUGGCAUGUCGCAUAUUGGUGUUCUCAAGGCUCUUUUCGAAGCGCAGCUAUUGCCGCGAAUUAUCUCAGGCGCAAGCGCUGGAAGUAUCGUGUGCGCUGCCAUGUGUACUAGGACGGACGAGGAGAUCCCGAAGCUUAUCGAAGAGUUUCCGUAUGGGGAUCUUGCGGUUUUCGAGGAUCCUAGCGGUCAAGAUGGUGUUUGGAGUAACUUGCGUCGGCUGUUGACCGAGGGAAGUUGGUCUGACAUCAAGCAUCUUACCCGGGUAAUGAGAGGAUUGAUGGGCGACAUGACGUUUCAGGAGGCUUACAACCGGACGCGGCGUAUUCUCAAUAUCUGUGUCUCCACGGCUUCGAUGUACGAAUUACCGCGCCUUCUCAACUACGUCACUGCGCCGAAUGUCAUGAUCUGGUCGGCGGUUGCUGCAUCAUGUUCUGUCCCUCUCGUCUUCAACGCCGCGCCGUUGCUUGUGAAGGAUCCGAUCACUGGGGAGCAUCAACCUUGGAACCCUACACCACAAAGAUGGAUCGACGGGUCUGUGGAUAACGAUUUACCGAUGACACGCCUUGCGGAAAUGUUCAACGUCAACCAUUUUAUUGUUUCUCAAGUCAAUCCGCACGUCGUGCCAUUCCUCGCAAAAGAUGACCACUUGUCACCAUUUCGAAAGCCAGAACAAGGCCAGCAAACAAACGGCGAAGACUACGAUUGGAUUCACACCAUGACAUCUCUUGCGCGCGACGAGGCCUUGCAUCGACUUCAUUUUCUGGCCGAACUCGGUAUCAUGCCCAACCUUGCGACCAAGUUCCAGAGUGUUCUCAGCCAGAAAUAUUCCGGCGACAUCAACAUUCUUCCCGAGAUGAGUAUAAACGACUUGCCCCGGUUGUUAAGCAACCCAAGUCCAGAAUUCAUGAUGCGAGCAUGUCUCAUGGGCGAGCGAGCAACAUGGCCCAAAUUGAGCCGAGUGCGUGAUCGGUGCGCAAUUGAACUGGCAUUAGAUCGGGCUGUACACAGACUUCGAGCUCGAGUUGUCUUUUCGCAAAGUCAACGCGAUCUUAGGCAUUUGAACGUCACUGCUGGAAACAUUCCGCUCAAGCUGCCAGCUAGAGUAAAGCAGGGCCAAGCAGUUAUUGAGCCACCUGCGGAGAUUAAGAACCAGAAGCGACAUCGCCGCAAGUCUGGAAGCAGUCUACACGUCGCACCCCGACAGUGGUUAUUACUUGACACGAGCACUAUCACCGAUGACGAGACGGAACAAGAGGAGCGCAUUGAGAUGGAGUCUCGUCGACGCGCUGGGUCUCCCAUCGCACAGCGCAAACCCCGCCUCAACCGUGCAUCCCGCUCACAGAUCCAUAUUCACACCCGAGCUACCCUCUCAGCUGUCGUCGAUGCAGAAGAAGUGAACCCAACAUUUAACUUUUCCAAGCCAAUUACUCCACCAUUAAAGAGUCCAAAGGGCAGCGAGUCACAGGCUGUAUCCGACACAUCCAAGCCAGCGACACCAGAGCCAGACAAUGUCACCUCCGCAACAGAGGCAGAACCAAGUGAGAUGUUCCACUCGAGCGACGGCCGAGAAGACACAGAUGUCAGCGAUCCUGAAACGAUUGAAGUCCAUCAAUUGUCGAGUACACUUAACAAGGCGGUUAGUGUAGAUGAACCGAAUGGGCCAGCUGCGAGGGCGGGUUGGAUUCUUUGGGACUAGGAGAUCAAUAGAUGAGGUACUGUGAGGACAGUAGAAGGGAGGAUCAGCCAUAGAGCAAGAUUACUCAGGAAGCAUUAUGUUUGGUGUUUAGCAUGGGAUUUGAGUAGCAUUGAGAUAUACUAAUCAUAUAAAGCAUAUUCUAUUUAU